UAUUGCUAGAUCAAUUAUUUAACGGCAAAAUCCAACCUGUAUAAAUAAGCAGCCGGCCGGUGGGCUUGUCAUCAGUCAGUUGUUGGGCUUUCCUCCGAUCACAUAGCCUACUCUCCAGUGCUCACAUUUUCACGGAUUACACUUUUCCUCCAACAUUUUCAUCAUGACGUCACUCAAGUCGAUGAUUGUGCUGAUCGCCGUGAUAAACAGCUGUUUAGCAGUGGAAUACCAACACCAGGCACCUGCUGGCCACCACUACGAAGAAGAGAAAUACGAGGACGCGCCAGCCAAGUACCACUUCAAGUACGCCGUCAAGGAUGAGCACACCGGAGACAUCAAGGAGCAGGAGGAGACCAGGGACGGCGACGUGGUCAAGGGAUACUACAGCCUGCAUGAGGCUGACGGAACCAAGCGAUUGGUCGAGUACACCGCUGACCACAAGUCAGGAUUCAACGCAAUCGUCCACAGGGAGGGAGAGCCCAAAUACCCCGAGCCCAAGAAGUACGAGGCACACAAGUACGAAGCACCUCAACACUACGAAGCCCCCAAGUUCGAAUACAAAUACGAGGCACCCAAAUACGAAGCCCCCAAGUACGAAGCACCCAAGGUUGAAUACAAAUAUGAGGCUCCCAAAUACGAAGCCCCCAAGUACGAAGCACCCAAGGUUGAAUACAAAUAUGAGGCUCCCAAAUACGAAGCUCCCAAGUACGAAGCUCCCAAGGUAGAGUACAAAUAUGAAGCUCCCAAAUACGAAGCCCCCAAGUUCGAGCCCAAGAAGUACGAGUACAAAUACGAGGCCCCCAAGUACGAGACACCCAAGUUCGAAUACAAAUACGAAGCACCCAAAUACGAAGCACCCAAGGUUCAGGAGUACAAAUACGAAGCCCCCAAGUACGAGGCACCCAAAUUCGAAUACAAAUACGAAGCUCCCAAGUACGAGGCCCCCAAGAAGUAUGAGUACAAAUAUGAGGCACCAAAAUACGAAGCACCCGUAUACAAAUACGAAGCUCCCAAAUACGAAGCUCCCAAGUACGAAGCACCAAAGUACAAAUACGAAGCCCCCAAAUACGAGGCUCCCAAGUACGAACAGAAGCACUACUACUAGAUAGAACAAACAAAUUUAGGUAGAAUAUAUAAUUAUUUGUAAUUCAUCUCAUCGCCGCUCAGGCAAACUUAGUCAUCCUUCAUUGAUCACUUCGUCCAAGUCACCAUAUUGUACAAAAUUUGUAAAUCAUUUUUAUACUUUUUAUAAUAAAACAUUAGAAAAAUAAAUCGUGUGUCUUUC